AUGUGUCCUACCUGCGAACCCGAACAGACCAACGGCCAUGCCAAUGGCACCAACGGCAACAGCAAUGGCAGCCAUGACGGCUUCACCGGCGUUGAGACCCGCAACAACCCUCGCCCUGACCACGUGAGCCCCUACAAGCCCGUAGGCGACUUCCUCUCGAACGUCUCUCGCUUCAAGAUCAUCGAAUCCACACUUCGCGAGGGAGAGCAGUUUGCCAAUGCUUACUUCGACCUCGAAGCCAAGAUCAAGAUCGCUAGGGCGCUUGAUGAGUUCGGUGUUGACUACAUCGAAUUGACCAGCCCUGCUGCCUCUGAGCAGUCAAGAAAGGACUGCGAGGCCAUCUGCAAGCUUGGUCUCAAGGCCAAGAUUCUCACCCACGUACGAUGCCACAUGGACGAUGCCAGAAUCGCCGUCGAGACCGGCGUUGAUGGACUCGAUGUCGUUAUUGGAACCUCGAGCUACCUCCGCGAGCACAGCCAUGGCAAGGACAUGACAUACAUCAAGAACACCGCUCUCGAAGUCAUCGAGUUCGUCAAGAGCAAAGGCAAGGAGAUUCGUUUCUCUUCUGAGGACUCCUUCCGCUCCGACCUCGUUGACCUGCUCUCCAUCUACAGCGCCGUCGACAAAGUGGGCGUCAACCGUGUUGGUAUCGCUGAUACCGUUGGUUGCGCUUCCCCCCGCCAGGUCUACGACCUCGUCCGCACACUCCGUGGUGUCGUCUCUUGCGACAUCGAGACCCACUUUCACAACGACUCUGGCUGUGCCAUUGCCAACGCAUACUGCGCGCUUGAGGGAGGUGCUACUCACAUUGACACAUCCGUUCUCGGUAUCGGCGAGCGUAACGGUAUUACGCCCCUUGGCGGUCUCAUGGCCCGCAUGAUCGUUGCGGACCGUGACUACGUCAUGGGCAAGUACAACCUCAAGAAGCUCAAGGAGGUCGAGGACCUUGUCGCCGAUCUUGUUGAGGUCAACAUCCCCUUCAACAACUACAUCACCGGUUUCUGUGCCUUCACCCACAAGGCUGGUAUCCACGCCAAGGCGAUCCUCAACAACCCCUCGACCUACGAGAUCAUCAACCCCCAGGACUUCGGCAUGUCCCGUUACGUCCACUUCGCUAGCAGACUUACUGGCUGGAACGCUAUCAAGUCGCGUUCCGAGCAGCUUGGUAUCAAGAUGACCGAUGCGCAAUACAAGGAAUGCACAGCCAAGAUCAAGGCUAUUGCUGAUAUCCGCAAGAUUGCGCUUGACGACACCGACUCGAUCAUCCGCACAUACCACCACAACUUGCACGCCAAGGAGGAGCAGCCUCUCCUGCCCGGCAUGACCGACGAGGAGGCCAAAGCGUUUGCUGAGAAGGAGGCGGAGCUCAAGAGCUUGCCUGAGAAGAGGGCGCUGGACGCUGCCGCAGACGCGGACGCAGAGGUCCCCGCUGCUAAGAAGACAAGAUCGGCCCCGGUCGCCUAA